CCGUCGGCCGCGUCAAGUACUCCGGUCCCCGCGGACUCGUCAACCAAUGGGGCAGCGCGCCCUCUCCGUCACGUGCCCUUUACCUAGUUAAUAUUCAUUACGUUUCGCGCGCUUUUUUGGUCGUCACGUGGUGCAAAUUUGGCGGGAAACCGUGCUCACGGGUCGAGGUGACGGGGAGAUCCUUUUGCUUCACCUGCCGCGACUCUGAACUGCUGCGCCUCCCAUCGCAAUGGCGGAUUCUUCGGAGCCAAUGUCGGAGGGUGAAGGUCGUGGGGGUGCGCGAAGGACUGGUCAGGACGCCCUGACCUCGAGCCCCGGUCGCGACCUCCCACCCUUCGAGGACGAGUCUGAUGGGCUGCUCGGCACAGAGGGCGACCGCCCGGAGGAGGAGGAGGAGGAUGAUGAUGCAGAAGAGCUAAUCGGAGACAACAUGAUAGCAGACUACCGUGCCAUCCCGGAGCUGGACAUGUAUGAGCACGAGGGCAUCGAUGACAACGAAAUUCCGUCCGAAGCGGAGCUGUCACCCGGCGCGCGGGCGCGGGCUGAGGAGGAGAUGGAGCGCCGCGACCAGCAGAUGGGGCGGACGGCUCCGGGACGCACACGGCUGGGCCUGCUCUACGACAUGGACGAGGAGGACGGGCAGCCAGCACGGAAGCGGCGCCUGGGCGAGCUCGCAGCCGAGGGAGCGGAUGAUGAUGAAGAGAUGAUUGAGAGCAUCGAGAACCUGGAGGACAUGAAGGGCCUGUCGGUGCGAGAGUGGGUCUCCAUGGCGGCACCACGCCUCGAGAUUCACAACCGCUUCAAGAACUUCCUGCGCACGCACGUGGACGCACAUGGGCACAACGUGUUCAAGGAGCGCAUCGCCGACAUGUGCAAGGAAAAUCGCGAGUCCCUUGUGGUGAACUACGAGGACCUGGCGGCACGUGAGCACGUGCUCGCCUACUUCCUGCCCGAGGCACCGGCCGAGAUGCUCGGGGUGAUGGACGAGGCGGCCAAGGAGGUGGUACUCGCCAUGUUCCCUAAGUACGACCGCAUCGCUCCCGCGAUCCACGUGCGCAUCUCCUCGCUGCCACUCGUCGAGGAGCUGCGCUCCCUGCGUCAGCUGCAUCUGAACCAGCUGAUCCGCACAAGUGGUGUGGUGACGGCCUGCACGGCCGUGCUGCCCCAGCUGUCCAUGGUCAAGUACAACUGCCACAAGUGCAACUUCGUGCUGGGGCCCUUCCUCCAGAGCCAGAGCCAGGAGGUGCGCCCAGGCUCCUGCCCUGAGUGUCAGAGCCUGGGGCCCUUUGAAAUCAACAUGGAACAGACUGUGUACCAGAACUACCAGCGAAUCACGCUGCAGGAGUCCCCGGGCCGCGUGGCCGCGGGGCGGCUCCCGCGCUCCAAGGACGCCAUUCUCCUUGCCGACCUCGUCGACAGCUGCAAGCCGGGAGACGAUAUCGAGCUGACGGGAAUCUACCACAACAACUACGACGGCGCACUCAACAUGUCUAAUGGCUUCCCCGUGUUCGCCACCGUUAUCCUCGCCAAUCACAUCACGUGCCGCGACGACAAGGUGGCCACUGAGAUGCUCACGGACGAGGACGUGCGGGCCAUCAUUGCGCUGAGCCGCGACGAGAGGAUCGCGGAGAGGGUAUUUGCCAGCGUGGGGCCGUCCAUCUACGGGCAUGAGGACAUCAAGCGCGCCAUCGCCCUCGCCAUGUUCGGGGGCGAACCCAAGAACCCAGGCGGCAAGCACAAGGUGCGUGGGGACAUCAACGUGCUGCUGUGCGGGGACCCAGGCACCGCCAAGUCCCAGUUCCUCAAGUUCGUGGAGAAGGCCGCGAGCCGCGUGGUGUUCACCACGGGCCAGGGUGCCUCCGCCGUGGGCCUCACGGCCUACGUGCAGCGCAACCCCGUGAGCCGCGAGUGGACGCUGGAGGCCGGCGCUCUCGUGCUGGCUGACCGGGGAGUGUGUCUCAUUGACGAGUUCGAUAAGAUGACAGAUCAGGACCGCACGAGUAUCCACGAGGCCAUGGAGCAGCAGAGCAUCUCAAUCAGCAAGGCCGGCAUCGUCACCUCGCUGCAGGCGCGCUGCACCAUCAUCGCCGCUGCCAACCCCAUCGGAGGGCGCUACGACCCCUCGCUGACCUUUUCGGAGAACGUUGACCUCACGGAGCCCAUCCUGUCUCGUUUCGACAUCCUGUGUGUGGUGCGCGACACCGUUGACCCCGUGCAGGACGAGAUGCUGGCGCGCUUCGUGGUUUCCAGCCACGUGCGUCACCACCCCGGCGGGCCCGAGCGCCGCGGCGAGGAGGCCACCGGUGCCGGGCCGGCGCCAAUGCCCAACUCGUACGGUGUGGAGCCCAUCCCGCAGGAGCUGCUGCGCAAGUACGUGACCUACAGCAAGGAGAAGGUGCGGCCCAAGCUGAACCAGAUGGACCAGGACAAGGUGGCGCGCAUGUACAGCGAACUGCGCAAGGAGUCCAUGGCGACAGGUAGCAUUCCCAUCACGGUGAGGCACAUUGAGUCGAUGAUCCGGCUGGCAGAGGCGCAUGCGCGCCUGCACCUGCGCGACUUCGUGCUGGAGGAGGACGUGAACAUGGCGAUCCGCGUCGUGCUCGACAGCUUCAUCGACACGCAGAAGUUCAGCAUCAUGCGCAGCAUGCGCAAGACAUUCUCACGGUACCUGUCGUUCCGCCGAGACAACAAUGAGCUGCUGCUCUUCAUCCUAAAGCAGCUCGUGUCCGAGCAGCUGAGCUACCAGCGCAGCCGCUACGGCUCCACCGGGGUCGCCGGUGGUGGCAGCGGGACCCGGCACGAUCGCGUCGAGGUGCCCGAGAAGGACCUCGCCGACCGGGCGAGGCAAAUCAGCAUCCACAGCCUCUCUGCGUUCUAUGAUAGCGACGUCUUCAAGAACAACCUCUUCUCUGUUGACACGAGGCGCAAGCUCAUCAUCCAGCCACUCUGAGUGACACGGAGGGGAGACGGAGGGGACACGGAGGGGACACUGGGGGUGGGACACGGGGAAAAGAGGGGUCAUGGUGUCGCGCGGACGAGGGACACGGGCCACACACGGGGAGAUCACUGUGCGUUUGCUGUGUGGCUGUCGUAUUUUAAAUUGAACAACUGCACAAUCAUAAGUGGAUGUUAAAUAAAUGUCCUGGAGCACGAGUCUGCUCUGGAAAACUACGUUUGCGAAAAUUCGCAACACAGAAGUUUGAGAAACCCCAAUCAACGCCCCCGGGGCGAAUGGGCGCAGUGUUAUUACGGGGGUCAAGAGGGCACGGGACGCGUGUAUUUGUGUGUGGCGGUUGUUGUGGCGCUGGAGUCGUGUGUCGACGUCGCGAGGUUGAGAUAAAGCUGUGUUUUCUCAAA